GCUUGACGUACAUCAUACGGCCUCUGAAGUUGGGCUGCUCGAACAUCAGCCAGUGGCCGUCCAUCACGUUGCAGGACUGGCAGUCAGACAUUAAGAAACGAUCCUGGAGAGACUCGAUGUCGUCCAUCAGCUCGUGCAUCUGGCCUCCGUAGUUCUCCCUUUCGUAGAUCUUCAUCCUGAAGGCCCCCCUGUGCUGUUGGAGGAAGACAAAACAUGAUAUCAUUCCAUCGGUACCUUUCUUGUUCUGGAGGCAGAGUCCGCCAGUGCUUCCCAGACACUUUAGCCUUCAAUUCACCCAACAUGUAUGUCUUUGGACUGUGGGUGGAAACCACAACUACCAAAAAUGUCUUACCAUGGGGAUCAUGCGACAGGAGCGCACGGUAUCCAUCAUCGCCAUUCCCAUCAUGCCCAUCAUGCUCCCCAUGCGCUGAAAAUCGGAGUACUCCCCUCUCUUCAAGAAGACCUGAUUCCCUAUGUAGUUGUGGCGGUCGUACACCACGAAGCAGCCGUUGUCCACCCUGCAGGAGUUGCAGCGGUUCAGGUGCAUGUGGAUGUCGGAGCAGUCGCUGCUGCACUCAUAGGAGCGACCCUGGAAGUUUCUCUCCUCAAAGAAAAUAACCUGCAGCAAAAGAAAACAUGAAAAGUUAGAUCACUUAGUCACUUUCUUAGACUCAGAUGUUCCAACAUGGUACAAACAUAUGAUAAAUAUUACCCUGCCCAUGGUGACAAUUUUAGUUUUUGCAAAUGAUGCCAGCCCAGUGCCACUUUUAUAUACACUAUCAGCUGCAGACCACCUUACACACCUUUGUGUGAAACAUCAUGACUCAUCACCAGGUGCACGUGUGCAGGCAUUCAUUUUUUACAGCACACCUCAAUAAUGAUUGUACGUUGAAUGUAGUUUUGAGAGGUCAAGUCAGGUCAUCACAGAAGCGAAAGGUUUCUCAAAUGAUGUAUUAUUAACAUUUUUUACUUUUCAAAUGCUACAAGGCCAAAGCUUUGUUUUGUGGCUUUUAUCAAAAUGCCUUAAGAUCAACUGUAAAGUUCAGCUCUGAUGUCCACACCACAUAGAUUCUAGAAGCACGUAUGAAACCCAAUAUUCACAAUAACUAUUGCAGAAUCUGACGUACAGUGAAGUCUGCCACCCUAUAGUGCUGCACUGUGCCACAAUAUAGAGUGAUGACUCAAAGGUUUCAGCACAAGCCAUGUGGAAAUACUACGGCUGUGCAAUGUAUAAAAAGGGAAAAGGGUCGAUGUCGAAGCAGUACAUCUGAGAUUACCACACAAAUAUCAUGGCCAUGGGGAGGAUCAUAUUCUAUGAGGACCGCAACUUCCAGGGUCGCUCCUAUGAGACCAGCAGCGACUUCCCGGAGCUCACCUCCUACCUGAGCAGGUGUAACUCCUGCAAGGUGGAGAGCGGCCUCUUCAUGGUCUACGAGAAGCCCAACUUCAUGGGCCACCAGAUGCUGGUGAGGAGGGGCGAGUAUCCAGACAACCAGCGCCUGAUGGGAAUGAGUAUGAGCGACUGCAUCAGGUCCAGUCGCAUGAUCCCCAUGCACAGGGGACCCUUCAGAAUGAGGAUCUACGAAAAGGAGAACUUCGGAGGCCAGAUGCACGAGCUGAUGGACGACUGCGACAAUAUUAUGGAUCGCUUCCGCAUGUCUGACUGCCAGUCCUGCAACGUGAUGGACGGCCACUGGCUGAUGUUCGAGCAGCCCAACUACAGAGGCAAGAUGCUGUACCUGAGGCCCGGAGAGUACAGGAACCUCCAAGAGGCCGGGAUGAGCGACGUGACGAGGUUCAGCUCCAUCAGGCGCAUCAUGGACUCCUGCUAACUCUCCAUGUACCGGGUGGGAAACUAAAGCAAGAUGAAAUCUAAUGUUUCUGAUUCU